AUGCAACCGCUUCUUCUCAUCGGCUCUUCUCUCCCGAUGCUCUCAGGUCGCAUGGAGAAAAGUCUGUCCUGGCUCUCAGACCACGCCUCUGCUGAACCUAACUAUCCAGAGGGCGUACUGGAAAUGGACAAGGCGGAAAAUUGGCUUGUCCGACCAGACGUACUUCCUAUUAUGAGAGAAGCCGUGUCAUUGAACCUCAAAAGUCAGGAUCUUUCAUAUUCGCAAGAGCUAGGCGGACCUCCAGGGCUUCUAAAUGUGUCGGCAUCAUUUUUCAAUCGCUUCUUUUCUCCUCAAAUUGCCGUUUUACCCGAACACAUCGUAACGAGCACGGGAUGCGCAUCAAUUCUUGAGAGCCUCAUCUUUUCGAUUUGCGAUACUGGAGAGGGUCUGCUACUUGAGGCACCCAUGUGGGAUGGGUUCGCGGUCACGUCAACGCUGAGAAACAACGUCCAAAUAAUUCCCGUGAAAUACUCGACACGACCGACAAAUGCAAAUGAUCUUAUACAUCACUAUAUUGAAGCGAUGAAAAAUGCAUCGUGUCCAAUUCGGGGCCUCAUUGUUUGCAAUCCCCAUAACCCCCUCGGUCAGAUUUAUCCUACCGUAUGGUUGGAGGCACUACUUCAAUUCUGCGAAGCUCAUCAUAUUCACUUCAUCUCGGACGAAAUAUACGCCCUUUCAAAUUUUGGGGCGAUUAGAUGCAGUCAAAAUGUCAGCAACCCCAAAGUUGUGAUUGGGCUAGAAACGAAGUUCACCUCGGUACUGGCAAUAGACCUGAAGCGACUUCAGGUCGAUCCUGCUCGUGUCCAUGUAGCUUACAGUAUAAGCAAGGAUCUUGGUAGUAGCGGGGUUCGACUGGGAUAUCUCGUUACACAGUCGAAUCCUGGGCUUCGCCAUGCGCUAGCGGUCCUCAACAAAUUCAAGGUGUGUAACGCAGCAUCGAUAGUCGUUGCUUCUCUCUUUUCGAAUCUUCAGACGCUUGAAAAAAUAUUGGACCGUAGCAAAUCUCGCCUGCGCGAAGCGGCUGAGACGGUGGAAAGUUUCCUGUCAUUCCAUCAGAUUGCAUUCUAUUCCCCGGUUGCUGGCUGCUUCAUUUUGGCGCGAGUUGGGGGCAAGCUAGCAACAAAGGAAACAGACGCAGAGCUAUUUAAAAGAUUUGCAGCGGCAGGUGUGGUCGUUGCUGCUGGCUCCAAGUUCAACAGCGGAGAAUCCGGCUGGAGAUCGCAAUGGAUACGAACCGACAUUGGAUGCCGAGAAAAGCUCAUUGUGAAGCUAGUGGCAUCUACCAUUGGUUUGAGCGGGGUUGUGCGUUAUGUUGAUCUCGGUCACCCUGGUCUCUACUUGAAUACGUGUUGA